AUGACAACAGCAUCCACGGUGACCUCCACGGUGGUGACCACAGCGUCAGCCAUGGACCUGCGUGACUGGCUCCUGCUGUGCUAUGGCCUGGUGGCCUUCCUGAGUGAGGUGAUGGCCAGUGGCGCCUCCUGCCCCUCGGUGUGCCGCUGUGACAACGGCUUCAUCUACUGCAACGACCGGGGCCUGACUUCCAUCCCAGCCGACAUCCCUGACGAUGCCACCACCCUGUACCUGCAGAACAACCAGAUCAACAAUGCCGGCAUCCCCUCCAACCUCAAGUCCAAACUCAACGUCCAGGUGAUCUAUCUCUAUGAGAACGACCUGGACGAGUUCCCCGUCAACCUGCCACGCUCGCUGCGGGAGCUGCACCUCCAGGACAACAACGUGCGCACCAUUGCUCGCGACUCCCUGGCCCGCAUCCCCCUGCUGGAGAAGCUCCACCUGGACGACAACUCCGUCUCCACUGUCAGCAUUGAGGACGACGCCUUUGCCGACAGCACCCGCCUCAAGCUGCUCUUCCUGUCCCGCAACCACCUCAGCAGCAUCCCGUCUGGCCUGCCUCGCACCUUGGAGGAGCUGCGGCUGGAUGACAACCGCAUCUCCACCAUCCCGCUGCAUGCCUUCAAAGGGCUGAACAGCCUGCGGCGGCUGGUGCUGGAUGGGAACCUGUUGGCCAACCAGCGCAUUGCUGACGACACCUUCAGUCGGCUUCAGAACCUCAGCGAGCUGUCCCUGGUCCGCAACUCUCUGGCUGCCCCUCCACUCAAUCUGCCCAGCUCCCACCUGCAGAAGCUGUACCUCCAGGAUAACGCCAUCAGCCACAUCCCCUACAACACCCUCUCCAAAAUGAAGGAGCUCGAGAGGCUGGACUUGUCCAAUAACAACCUCACCACUCUGCCCAAGGGCCUGUUUGAUGACCUGGAGAGCCUGACCCAGCUGCUGCUCAGGAACAACCCUUGGUUCUGUGGUUGCAACCUCAUGUGGCUGAGGGACUGGGUCAAGGCCCGGGCCUCAGUGGUCAACGUGAGGGGGCUGAUGUGUCAAGGGCCGGAUAAAGUGAGAGGCAUGGCCAUCAAGGACAUCACCAAUGAGAUGGAUGAGUGCUUUGAGGCAGGUGCACAGGGCAACGCAGUGGCGGCCAAGACUACCACCAGCCACGCAGCCGUCACCACACCUCAGGGCUCCCUCUUCACCCUCAAGGCCAAGCGACCUGGGAUCCGCCUGCCAGACUCCAAUAUUGACUACCCCAUGGCCACAGGGACCGGCACUAAGGCCUUGGUUCUCAAUGUCAAGCCACUGACAGCCGACAGCAUCCAGAUUAGCUGGAAGGCCAUGCUGCCUGCAGCUUCCUUCCGGCUCAGCUGGCUGCGUCUGGGUCACAGCCCAGCGGUAGGCUCCAUCACCGAGACCCUGGUGCAAGGGGACAAGACUGAGUACUUGCUAACGGCCCUGGAGCCCAAGUCCACUUACAUCAUCUGCAUGGUCACCAUGGAGACAGGCAGCACCUAUGUGGCAGAUGAAACGCCGGUGUGUGCCAAAGCAGAGACAGCUGACACCUACAGCCCCACCACAACCCUCAACCGGGAGCAGAACGUCGACCCAAUGGCUGGGCUGCCUCUGGCAGGGAUCAUUGGCGGGGCGGUGGCCUUAGUCUUCCUCUUCCUGGUCUUGGCAGCCAUUUGCUGGUAUGUCCACCGGACGGGCGAGCUGCUGACGCGGGAGAGGGCCUACAGCAGGGGCAGCCGGAAGAAAGACGACUACGUCGAAUCGGGUACCAAGAAGGACAACUCCAUCCUGGAGAUCCGAGGUCCUGGGCUGCAGAUGCUUCCCAUCAACCCACACCGAGCCAAGGAGGAAUACGUAAUCCACACGAUAUUCCCAUCCAACGGCACCAGCUUAUACAAAAGCACCCAUACCAUCGGCUACGGCACAACCCGUGGAUAUAGAGAAGGCGGCAUCCCAGACAUAGAUUACACCUAUACAUGA